AUGUUGUUUGGCAAAAAGGACUUGGACACGUUUCGCAGUCUAUCCGCAAAAUUUGUAGCGGCUGGAACGUACCGGUUCCACGAUGUUGACAACUGGUCGCAGGAAUGGAUAAACGAGAGAGACCAGUUGGACUUGGAGGUUUUUUGUAGCGUCGACUACAUUGAAGACGACUCCGCAAAUCCGGAACCAAAUAUCAACUGGAAGGACACAGUUCAGAUGCUGCCCAUAGAAGAUGGAGACGCCAUAUUGGACCUGAAGGUCAAAAGCGGUACCGUUGCCGUGACCAGUCCAUCUAGAACUAAGCAGAAUAAUGGGAGGUGGCCCCCUGGAUCGCCCGAGCUCAUCACACUUCACCCGGACUACGUCACGACGUUUUUGCAAAAGAACGUCCUUUUCAACACUGACCGGAUCAAAAAGGCUGAUAAGAACAGUCUUGUGGAUUUUAUUGGACGCAAAUUCAGGCUCGGGGCGACCGGUGCCGACAUACUUGCCACGCCGGAGGGAACCAUACUGCAUGAGUUUUGCGGCCUCGCGGACGACGUGGACGACGAGGACAGUUACGGCUGGGCCAACUGCGUCAGAUUGAAGGACAUAGACAACGCUGGUAAGAUACUCCUUGCGGAACGAACAAGAGAAGAAGUGUCUUUUGUUCAAUAA